AUGGGACAAAAGUCCAUUUUGCUGAGUAUUGUUGAGAGUAUUCCGGAGAAUCUUACUUUCCCUGAGGGAUCUCCUUCACAUCUUUCCACUUAUGAAGCAUGGAUGUUUCUUUUGCAAAAUGCAACGAAAACAGUGGACAUUGCUUCCUAUUAUUGGAUCCUAAGGGGAACUUCUGACGUCAACGACAUCACAGAUAAAGCCUCUCCAGAAGGGGAUUAUUCUGAUAAUGAUUCUCUUGCAUUAGCUAAUAACGGGACAAUUGAACUACGAAAUAUUAAUAUCACUGCUUUAAUUGGAGCAGGAAUAUGCACCACUAAAUUAUGGAUUGUUGACGGAGAACAUUUCUAUGUUGGCUCUGCAAAUAUGGAUUGGAGAUCUCUUACUCAAGUCAAAGAGUUGGGUUUAUUUGGAAGGAAUUGUGACUGCCUAGCCCGAGAUGCUAAAAAGAUCUUUGAUGUUUACUGGCAGCUGGCAGGAGACUGUUCCUCUUCUCAAGUUCCUUCU